AUGGCUGUUGAUAAACCAGCAAAUAUAUUAGAUUUAAUAAUAUGCGACGAUCUAGAUUUAAUAAUUAACAUUGAAUAUGAUGCUCCACUUGGUCAAAUUACUAAAAGCCAUUACAUAUUAGAAUGGGAAAUUAACAUACUCAAUUCAUAUGAGAAAAAAUUCAACAAUAAGAGAUUUAAUUUUCGAAACGGAAAGUACAAAGAAAUGAAUCUCAUGUUUUAUAAAGUAAAUUGGGUUGAAAUCUUUGACAAAAUGAAUACAAAUCAAUGUUAUGAAUACUUUUUAAAAAUUUAUGAAAAAGCUUGCAAACAAUAUAUUCCUCGCCACUUCAAACCCACUAGUUCUAUCAAAAAUCCAUGCAUUAAUAAAAAAAUCAAGAAUCUAGUUAGAAAAAAACGUAGUUUAUGGUGUAGAGUUCGUGCUACAAACUUCAAGAACACAAACUUAAAUAAUGAAUACAAACUUAUCAACAAAACAAUUAAAAAACAAAUUAAAAAAUCUACUUUUGAUUAUGAAAUAAACUUAGCAAAAGAUGUAAAACAUAAUCCAAAACGCUUCUAUGCAUAUGCACAAAGAAAAAACCAGACACAUACAAAAUUGCUAGCACUUAAAACUAGUGACAACAAAAUAAUAACUGAUAAAAAAGUAAUUGCUAAUCUACUAAAUUGUAGUUUCCAAUCAGUAUUUGUCAAAGAAAAUCAAGAUUUACCAUAUUUCAGCAAUAAAACUAGUCAUUUAUUUGAAUGUGACUGGGACCAAGAACUAAAAGAAGACAUUAUAUUUAAUUAUUUAUUAGAACUUAAUGAAAACAAGUCACUUGGUUGUGAUAACAUCAGUCCCUAUGUGCUAAAGCAUUGUGCAGAAGGAUUAUCCAAACCUUUGUCUUUAAUAUUCAAGAAAUCGAUACAUUCAGGAGAGCUGCCAGAAUUAUGGAAAUCUGCAAACAUUACACCACUUUUUAAAAAAGGAGACAAGAAAGAUCCACUCAACUAUAGACCUAUCUCCUUAACAUCGAUACCAAGUAAGAUAAUAGAGAAAAUAAUUAGAAAAAAACUGAUAAUUUAUAUAACAGAAAACAAUCUGUUAACGUCUCAACAACAUGGAUUUAUACAAAAUAAAGGGUGCCUAACAAACCUAUUAGAAACUUUCAAUAUUAUUACAACUGAAAUUGAAAAUGGUUAUCCAGUUGAUAUAUUGUUCCUAGAUUUUGAAAAGGCAAAACAAAGAGUGGUAAUGGGUGAAGUUGUAUCAGAUUGGUGCGAGGUUUAUAGUAGUGUACCACAGGGCUCUGUAUUAGGUCCUCUUCUUUUUCUGUUAUAUAUCAAUGAUCUUCCCCAAUGUAUCUCUUCAAUCGCAAAAUUAUACGCUGAUGAUACUAAAAUCAUAUCUGUUAUAAAAGAACAUAAUGAUCUAACUAAUAUGCAAAAUGACAUUGAUUUGUUAGCGGAAUGGUCAAAUGUAUGGUUAAUGGACUUUAACAUAAAUAAAUGCAGUGUUAUGCACAUUGGAAGAAAAAAUAUUAACUAUAACUACACUAUAAAGCACGACAAUCAAAGUUUUCUUCUAAAAACAACAACAAAAGAACUAGACUUGGGUGUAAUAGUUUCAUCCAAUAUGAAAUGGAAUCAUCAGGUUCAAACCACACUUGGAAUUCGCAGCUCCAGUGAAAAAAAACUCGCAGCUCCUGCACGAAAAGCAGGUCGCCCAUCACUUGCUGACAUCACACAACGUGUUGGUUCAAAAAUUGCCAUUACCCAUGAAGCAAUUCGGUCUGAUCAAGUUGGGCAUUGGCCCAUUUUCAAUAAAAAGCGGGCUCGUUGCAAAUAUGGCAAAAUGCAGUUAUUCUCCUGCGGAGAUAAUAAGAUUUAUGAAAGAUUUUGGCGUAAAUGUAAAUAA